AUGGACUGCGAACAUCGUGUUAUAUUAAAUGUGGGAGGAAUUCGACACGAAACGUAUACUCAUGUACUUAAAAAAAUUCCAGCUACAAGACUUUCUAGGUUGACACCAAAUUUAGCAAAUUAUGACCCUGUACUGAAUGAAUAUUUUUUUGAUCGUCAUCCUGGUGUUUUUUCAAUGAUUCUAAAUUAUUAUCGGACAGGAAAGCUACAUUAUCCGACCAAUGUUUGUGGUCCUUUAUUCGAGGAUGAAUUAGAAUUCUGGGGUCUAGAUGCAAAUCAGGUAGAGCCAUGCUGUUGGAUGACUUAUACACAACAUCGAGAUACCCAAGAAACUUUGGCAGUUAUCGAAGGUUUAGAUUUGGAUGCCGAACCACCAACCCAGGAAGAAACUGCAAAAAAGUUUGGCUGGGAAGAUGAUUAUUACUCAGGCAAUUUAUCAAAAUGGCAGCAAUUGAAACCACAGAUAUGGGCGCUCUUUGAUGAACCUUGGUCUUCUCAGUAUGCUAAGAUGAUUUCAUCUUCUUCUGUAUUUUUCAUUAUUUCAAGUAUUAUUUCAUUUGUUCUCAAAACACAUCCUGCAUUCCAGAUACCAUCAAUUACAGUGUCCUAUAAUAUGGGAAUUGGUAGCGAUGGUACCCAAUCGAUAGGUACCUUUAAGCAAUGCACCAGUGCACAUCCUACAUUCUUCUACAUUGAUCUCAUAUGCAAUAUAUAUUUUAGCAUUGAACUUAUUAUUCGUGUGAUAUUUGCGCCAUCUUUACAACGAUUCUUCAAAUCACCGAUAACAGUUGUUGAUCUAUUAGCAACAGGAUCAUUUUAUUUGGAUUGGCUGGUGACCAGCAUUAUAAGCGAUCAAACUAGCUCAGAUUCUAUCGAUUUCCUAUCUAUAUUAUGUGCAUCUGCACAAGAGCUAUUAUUACUUGUAUUUUUUGUGUUAUUAGCAAUUGUUAUAUUUGCUGCACUUGUAUAUUACGCUGAACGAAUUGAAAAUAAUCCGGAAAAUCAGUUCACUUCUAUACCUGCCGGAUUGUGGUGGGCAAUUGUAACGAUGUGCACAAUUGGAUUUGGUGACAUGGUACCUAAAACUUAUUUGGGUAUGUUAGUUGGCUCAUUAUGUGCUCUUAUGGGUGUAUUAACUAUUGCAUUACCAGUGCCAGUUAUCGUUGCUAAUUUUUCCAAUCUUUACUCUCAUUCACAAGCUCGUGCAAAAUUACCAAAAAAGCGAAGGCGAGUGUUACAAGCUCAUGAAAUUAAGACAUCACUUAUAUUUCCUAAAUCAAUGAAGAAAUCACAAUUAGAAGGAAGUAAAGUUGCUUAA